AUGAAAUCUCUUUCGCUAAUAAUUUUUGAAUAUUUGAAAAGCAAAUACUAAAAUGUGACAACUAAAUAGAUUAAGUACAAAUACCAUGUAAUUAAGUUUACAUAUCACAGUUAGAAAUGGAAUAAGGUGAAUGCAUAAACAUGCUCAAUCAAAGUGACAAUAAAGUUAGAAGUACAUUAAUUAAUUUUACUAUACUCAGUCUGUUCUUCAAAUAAUUUGAACGCAUUGGUGUAGUUAUUUAUUUUAUAGUUAUGAUUCUUGAAUACUCAAUUUUUGGAGCAACAGAAGAAGAUCUUGUUGUUUAUAUGGUCCCUCUUACUAUGCACUUUGUACUUCAAAUAUCGAAGGCUCUCUAUUUUGACUUUAUAAAAAGAAAAUAGGAUGAUAUAGUAAAUAAUAGAAGAAUAACACGCUUUCGUAAACUUAGAAAAGAUAAACCAAAAUAACAAGUAACUUAAUAAUAAUAGCAGUAAUCUUCAUUUAGAAAACCUAAAAUAUCACUUUAUGAGAAUUGUUUUUGGGGUUGUAUUGAAUAAGGAGAUAUUAUUUAUCUAAAACGUAAUGAAGUUUGUCCAGCUGAUAUGCUUUUGCUUGAUAUUUCAGAUGAAAUUCUGUAAGUACAAACAUAAAAUUUUUAAGGAUUAACAUUAGAUUAAAUUAGAUAACCAACAUAAUUAACAAUGUUAAAAAAUGUCAGAAACAGAAUGCAAGGUUUUGAUUAUAAAAAGUUACUAACUGGAACUAUUUAAUAUAAUAUUAAUGAAUCAUAAAUUAAUGGGUUUAUAAAAUUAAAAAAGGAUCCUAAAGGUGAAUAUUUCAAUAAUGAAAACAUAAUUUUUAGAGAAGAAUAAAUUAGAACUUGUUAAUAUGUUAUUGGUAUAGUAUUAUAAACAGGAAAUAAUUGUUUUUGUUAUUAAAAGAUGGAGAAAUAAGAAAAAAAGUCAUUUUUUGUUAAAAAGUCAAGUAUGUUUUUUGCAUUAACUCUUGGAAUAGCUUUAAUAUUGUCUAUAUUGAGUUGGUUUUUGGCAUCAUUUGCUGCUUGUUUACCAUAUAAUUAGGCAGAUUUUGAUGCUGAAACACUAAUAUUUUAUAUAUUGUAGUAUUUAAAACCAACACCAAUAUAUUUUUAUAACUGUAUAGAUUUAAUAGAAGUUAUCAAUGCUCAUAUUAAAUAUAAAAAAUAUGUAGGAGUUAAGAGUACUUAGAUAGAUUAUUUAUAAUUAAAUUCAGUAUCAGUAGGAGAUAUGGUAAUGACAGAAUAUGUAUGUUUUGAUAAGACAGGUACUAUAACAAAUGGAGAAUCUAGAAUUCAUGCAAUAAUAAUAGAAGAUACAAUGUAUAAAUUUAAUUAUAAUAACAUGAUAAAGAAUUAAUGGAAUACAUUUAAAGAUCAUUUACAUAAUUAAAUAAAGAAUGAUCCAAACUUUUAGAUAGAAGAGAUCGAUGAAUUAGAUAUAGAUAUAUAAUCAAAAAAAGUAAGACAUACAGGUAUAUUUAAAUUAACAUUAUAACAUUGGAAUUCUAAAAAGAUGUCAAGUUGUGAAUUAAAUAAAUCAGACUUAGCUUCAAGUAGAAGUAUAGCAAAUCCAUUAGAUGAGGGUGAUGUAGAUAUUGAAAAUAUAAAAGUUGAAGAGUUUGAUGAUACUCAUUAUAGAGUAACACCUGAAUUAAGUAAAAUAAAGCCAAAACCUUUUUUCAAUAAAAAAGCCAUUUCUACAGCACCUGUAUAAAUGGUAGCUGUAAGUUAAGGAGGAUUAAGUCAUUCUUAAGAAGAAGAAUUCUUAAUAAAAUAGUAAUCUUAUAAAGAAGAGUAAAGAUCUUUUGAUAAUAAUAAUAAUAGAUCUAUUAAAAGUAAAAAGUUCUUAGAGCAUUCCUAAUCUGAUAUGAAAAGAUAAUAUAGUGCAAAAAGAUCAUUUUAAUUAGAUAAAGUGGCUGAAGAAGAUAUUGAAAUAGUUUAUCAUGGAGAGAAUGAAUUCUAUAAACAUCUAAUUUAAGGUUAAAAUAGACUUAUUUAUUAAGAGUCGCUAUUGUAAUUAUUACUUUGUUAAGAAAUACUCUCCCGUUAUUCUCCAAGUGAAGAUUAAUUUAUGCAUGAUUCAUCUUCAUAUUCAUUUGAUUAAGAAAUAUUGAGAUUUGUAGGUUAACUUGAUAUUAAAUUCUUAUGUUGCAAUGAAUUUAAUGGUAAAAUUAUUUAUAUUGUUGAUUUUUUUGGUGAAGUUAUGGAAUUCUAAGUUAUGGCAAUAUAUCAUAAUGGAAAUAGUUAAUUAGGAAUACUAAUACUCUAUCCUGAUAAACUUUAAGAGAAAUUUAUGCUUAUCAAUGAAAGUGAUCCUAUGGAAAGUCUUCAAUAUGUAUUUAUAAUGAGAGAAGAAACAAAUUAAUUACCUGUGAACAUUGAUGUAGAUAAAGCAAGUAGAGAAUAUUGGGAUAAAGUAUUUUAAAAAUUACACAUGAGUGGGAUGAGAUCAAUAAUAUAUUCUAAAGUUUAUUUAAAAGAAUAAGAUGCUAGUAUAUUUUUAUCUCGAUUCCAAGGAGAAGUAGGAAUGUCAGCAUUUCAAUCUAUAUCUAAAGAUAUGCAAAUAGUUUAGGUUAUAGGAGUUAAAGAAUAAAUUAGAUAAGAUACAAAAAUGUUGAUAAGUCAAAUGAAAGCUGCAGAACUUAGUCUAUAUAUUCUAAGUGGAGAUGAAUUAAGUAGAGUUUUACCAGUUGCAUUCAAAUCUAAAAUACUAAAUUAAUAUGAUACUUUAUUAUACCUAGAUAACGAUAAUGCUAGAGUUGUUAUGAAGAAUCAUUUGACCAUACUUUCUCAAUCCUUAAAAUUAGAAGAAUCUUGGGGUUCAAAACCUAUGAGAAUGAGCACUCUUGAUAGACAUCAUCGUUCUCUAACUAUUGAAGAAAAAUAAGCUAUCUAUCCAGAGAUUAAAUCUUUUAGUAUCAUUUUAAGUGGAGACUAUUUUAAUGUUAUAUUGUAGGAUAGUUAUUUAUUGAGUCAUUUCUAAUUUCUUCUCUACUUUAGUAACUCUUUAAUUGCUUAUAAAAUGGAUUAAAAGUAAAAAGCUACUAUUAUUCAAAUCAUUCAAACUCAAUUCAUUGGAAAUAAAAGAGUUUUAGCAAUUGGUGAUUCUUAUAAUGAUAAUUAUAUGUUUUGUUAAUCUAAUAUUGGAGUUUAAUAUUGUCAUUAUCCUAUUCAACUAUAACAAUAUCAAAGAGGAGGCACUAAAUUAAGACUUAAUCGUAAAGUUACCUCAAAUAAACUAUUAGAUAAUCCAUUAAAUCGAAAAUUCUUAUAAAAUGAAAUGUGGGUUACUCCAACUACAGAUAUAUGUCUCAAAAAUUAUCUUGAUCUAAGUGGUUUAAUGUUUUUUGAAAGUAGAAUCUUUGCUGAAGUCUAUGACGAUUUACUUGUCUUUUCUUUCUAUAGAUCUCUACUUAUAAUUUAUAUUUUAUUCUUUUUAUAUGCAAGCUAUUGUAGUUAGAAUCUAACUAUUUUAACUGGAGCUUGGCUAACUGUUUAUUAAAGUGUUUUACUUUUUAUUUAAUAAAUUGUAAGUCUGAAAUCUAAAUUAGAUAAAAAAUAUGAUAAAGAUUCGAUUGCAUAUAUUGAACAAUUUAAAAGUAAUAUAAAGAUUUUCAAAAAAAAAAAAGUUUUGUCAUUUAUUUUAAAAAUUAAUGGAAAUGCCAUGUUAGAUGCUGCAUUAUUUUAUUAAUCAUUGUAUAUUAUUGUUUUUGAUGAAAUUUAAUUUGAGACAUUCAAAUAAGUAUUACUAAUUCUUUUAAUCUUAAGUGACAUUGUAAAAUUAAUAGUAUCAACAAACUACACUAAAAACACAUGGAUUGCAUUUAUUGCUACUUAUUUAAUAUUUUGGUUGAUGACUUCAAUUUUGUCUGCUUUUUUUUAGAAUAUGGAAAGUUUUUUAGAAUUAUUUACAGUUUCUUCAACUUGGUUAGCAUUAAUUUAUUAUAGUUUUUCUUAAUUUUGUCUUAGUAGUAUAAUUGAGUAUAUCUAACCAUUAUUUUGUUAAUCUCUAAUUGAUUAAUCUUAAUUUGAAUAAGUUUAGAAUUAUAUUUAAAAGUCAAAUAAAAAUGGAACAAAGAAAUAUCAUAAUCUUAUAAAGAGAUUUGCUUAAAUAGCAGGUAAGGUUUUUAAGAAAAAUAAGGAUGAAAUGGAUAUAUCUAUAUAGGACAUAAUCUGUGAGUUAAAAGUUAAUCAAGAUAGAAUUAAUAAAUUUACAUUGAGAUUUUUAAAUAAAGACACAGAAAUGAAAUUUAAAAGGUUAUCGAAACUAACUUGGAUUAUAUUUGAAAGAAUUAAACUUGGUUCAUCUCUAAUUUUUUUGGAAGUAUUUGCACUAUUAAUCUAUUCUCUUAGUAUUAGAGAUGAAAUACAAUCUUAAACAUAUUUUAUAAUUUAUAUUCUAAGUAUAAGUAUUUAAGUAAUAAUCCAAAUAAUGACAUGUUCAGGAAUGUAUUUGAAGCAUUUCUUUUAGAUAAAUUUGAUUAUUGCUAGUAUUAGAUUACUUACUAAAAUGAUAUCAGAUUUUGAAUAAGAAGAAUCUUAUAAUAUUCUUUUAAGUUAAUGUUAUAUAUUAAUAAUUAUAUUUUCAAGAUUACAUAUACCUUUAUUAAAUUUUAUCAUAGCAUCCUUGUCAAUUAUUGGAUUCUUAAGAUAUUAGAGUUUUAAAACAGAUUAUUAUGAAAUAAUAAAUGGAGAUUUAAUAGUUUUGGUUACAUUAAUAUUAUUUAUAUCACUCUAAUAUAAAUUGCAUAUGAUGGAAAGAUAAGAUUUUUUAUUGGCUGCAACAUUGAAUCAAGAAACAACUUCAAUGACUAAUGUAUUAUCAAUUUUAUUACCAAAAUUUAUAAGAGAUAGAAUAAAUGCAAGUAAAUAGAAAUUAUAAAAUAAUUUUAGAGGGAGUAUUUGAGAUUUAAGAGAAUUAAGGAGAAGUUUCAAUUUUAUUUUGUGACAUAUGUGGAUUUGAUGAUUUAAUAGCAGUAGAGAAAGAGAACAUUGUUAAUUUAUUAGAUAGUUUAUUUAGAGGAUUUGAUAGUUUAUGUGUAUAAAAUGGAAUGUAAAAGAUAGAAACAGUUGGAAAGACAUUUAUGGCAGCAGGAGGUUUAAAAGCAGUAGAUUAAGGGACAAAGUACAUAAAUUAGAGUGCAGUAAAGAGAGUAAAAAUAUAUAUUAAUAAUAUAAAGGCUGUUUAAUUAUCUUUAGAAAUGAUGGAAUAUGCUAAAAAAUUUAAAUUUGGAUAAUCAGGUAAUGUAAAAAUAAAGAUUGGAGUUCAUUAUGGUCGUGUAAUUGCUGGUGUUAUAGGUCAUCAUAAACCAUAAUUUUCAUUAAUAGGCGAUACUGUCAAUACAACAAGUCGAGUAUGUUCUACUGGUUAAGAUGGAGAAAUAACAUUAUCUAAUGAAGCAUAUAUGGAACUUAAUAUGCCAGAUUUAUAAUUCAAUUAAAUUAAAGUAAAUGCUAAAGGUAAAGGAGAAUUAAUUACUUGGUAAGUCAUUACUUCAAUCAAACGAAAUACUGAUAAAAAAGUUAGAAAAAAGAAAGGACUUAUUCCAAAAUUUGAUUCCUCAUAAUCAGAUUUACCAACUUUAACUAAAUUAGAUCCUACUACUCCGAAAACUGAUUUUCGAUAAUUAAAAGUUCCAUAAUAAAUUAAACAAUUUGAUAUUUAUCCAAGAGAAAUCAAUGGAAAAAGUGAAAAAGAUUUAAAUUCUGAUCAUAACACUAAUAACCUUAAUGUACUUAAAGAAUCGCUGUAAUAGAAGGAUAUUCAUCCUUUAAGAAAAAAAGGAUAAAGAGGACCUACAUUAAUUAUGAAAGCUUAAGAUGGUUAAAAAGUUACAGGUGUCUUAUAAUUAUAACAUUCCACUAGUCAAAAUAAUAUUUAACAUUAAAGUAAUAGAAAUCUUCCUCCUAUAGUUGUUUAUUAAGCUGAAGAAAGUGUUCAUUCUAAUAAUUUAAAAGAUGAAUCUUUUUUAGAAAAAAAUCAAACUAAUUUAUUACAUGAUUUAUCAUAAAAAUUAAGAAGAGAUCUUUAUAUUGAAAUACUUGAUGAAGCACCAGAUUAUGAAGUUGAAAUUGAAAAAAUAUAAUUUGAUGAAGAUGAAUAAUUUUAAAGUGAAGACUUAUAAUUAGAAAGAAGUAGAUUCUAUCUUGAUUUUAAAGAAAACUAAAAAGAAUUAGCAUAAGAAUUUAUGGAUUAAAAAGAAGGUAUUAAUAUUGUUUUCAUGCUUUCUCUACAUUUUCUCUAGUUUUUAUCAAAAACUAUUACUCUUCUAUAUCUAUAAAAUUAAGACAAUUGGAUUGUAGUUUUUGUUAUUAGAUUUGUAGCAUCAAUCUUAUUAUUAAUCUUAGCUAUGUUAUAACAUAAAAAACUAAAGCAUAGAUUUUAUAAAUAUUAAUACUUUUUAAUAACUUACUUUUGUAUAUUAAUUAGUAUUCUUUUAGAAUUUAUUCUCAUGCCUAAAAAAUCAGUUGAAUUAUAAGCAGCAGAAGGAAUUUUAUUAAUUUGUUUCUUUUGUUCACUUUCAAUCAUUAAAAUUAAAUACAAAGUUUAUUUUAAUCUUUGUCUCUUUAUUGUUUAAUUAUUGAUAGUUUUGAUUCUUUAUAAAGAUUUAGCUAUUGCAUAUUACACAAUUUUUCAAAGUUGUAUGACAUUUAUAGUUCAAUAUCAUUUAUUUUUCUAAGAUUUAGGUACAUUCAAUAAUAAAAGAUCAUUAGAAUUAAAAAAAUUGUAAACUUAAAAUUUAGUUAAGUAUCUGUUACCUACUCAUAUAUUAAAGCAAUUUUUAUCUAAUAGUAAUUAAAGAAUGGUUUUAGUAGAUUAAUUUGAAGAUGCUACUCUAUUAUUUGCUGAUAUUGCUGGAUUUACUGAAUAUUCUAGUAAAGUAGAACCAGAAUAAGUUGUCAAUAUGUUAAGAAAUUUAUUUACUGAAUUUGAUAAAAUAUGUUUGAAUUAAAAUGCUUAUAAAUUAUAUACUAUAGGUGAUUGCUAUGUUGCAUUUGGAAUUGUUGAUGUUACAUAAAGAAAUCCUUCUUAAGAAGCAAAAAAUGUUGUAGAUUUGGGAUUUAAAAUGAUAGAAAUAAUUAGAUAAGUCAGAUCAAUAAUAGGAUUUGAUGGAUUAGAUAUGAGAAUUGGUAUCCAUACUGUAAUUAUAAUAUUUAGUUUUAGGGGAAAGUAAUAGGAGGAAUCUUAGGAACAGAAAUUGUUAGAUAUGAUGUUUAUGGAGCUGAUGUUAUGAUUUCUAAUAAAAUGGAAUCUAAUGGAGAAAGAGGAAAAGUUUAAGUAUCUGAAGAAACUAAAUAAUUACUUGAAUAAUCUUAUCCUGAUCAAUUUAUAUAUACUUUUAAUAAAGAAGUAGAAUUCAAGUCUAUUUGUCGAAAAACUAAGGGAUAUUUUAUUGAUCCAAUAAAAAAUGAUAGUAAUGAAGAUUUUGAUGAUAUGAAUCACUUAUAAUUUGUCAAAGAUUUAGAAUAAUACCAAAAUGUAUUAUAAUGA